AUGAGAUUCGAGCUCCCUUCCCUCCUCACAGCGAUAACGCUGCUGGGCCCCGUCUUCGCCGAGAAGACGAUGAACGUCGUCGCCCACCCGGACGAUGACCUCCUCUUCGUAAACCCCGACAUCCAGCACAACAUCGACGCCGGCUUCGACGUGCUCACGGUGUUCCUUACAUCAGGCGACGCAGGUCAGUCCUCUGAAUUCUGGAUGCUCCGCCAAGAAGGCAUGCUCGCAGCCUACGCCGAGAUGGCCGAUGUCGAGAACAUCUGGAACCUGGGUGACGCCGGUGUUGAGGGGAAAGUUAUUCCGCUUUAUUGGCUUCAGUCGCGGCCCGAAAUAAGGCUUGCGUUCAUGCAUAUCCCCGAUGGGAACGUGGAUGGGAGCGGAUUCCCUGCGACGGGGCAGGAGAGUAUGGAGCAGUUGUGGAAGGGGGAGAUUGAGACGAUCGGCACUGUUGAUGGGUCUGGCACGACGUACUCGCGCGAUGAACUGAUUGAUACGCUGAGGCAGAUCAUUGAUGAUGUCGAGCCGGAUAGCUUGAACUCUCUUGAUUAUAUUGACCCGUUUGGAAGUGGCGAUCACAGUGAUCAUACUUCUGCGGGAUUGUUCACAAACGAGUCGGCUAUUGCUUCGGUUUUCCCGGACAGUGUGAUUGCGUACCGCGGGUACCCAAUCGAGGAAGAGCCUGAGAAUGUUUUUGGAGAUGAUUUGGCGAGGAAGAAGGACGCAUUCUUUACGUAUGCGGCAUUUGAUGCGACAGUUUGCGCCAGCGACGAGGCUUGUGUUGGGACGCAGUAUGAGCUUUGGCUGCCGAGACAGUACACUGCGAACUGA